AUGUUUGAAAACACUACUACUUUCCAACUAAACACUGGGAAUCAUUCAGGUCCCAUUAUCCCCUAUACGAAAGCUCAGUCUUCUGUCGCUAUGGAUGUUGACCAAGUUCAACACCACGAACAGCUUGAGGAAAACCCAAGCAGUAACCCUUGGACACCUGACCAACAGGACAGUGUUGACCUUAUCAAGCCUGACCAACUGGGUCCAGACGCUGACCCAAAAGUAGUCUGUACCUACUUGGAACAGCAAGUUCAUCUUAAAGAGGCAUACCUGCAGAGCCUGGUUACUUGCCCUGACCAACAAGUUUUCUUAGCCGCUAAAAGCGACUAUGAAAACUGGAAAGAAAGGCUAAACACAAUGAAAGCUCUUUCGGACAAGACGCUAGAUGAUGCCAAAGUAGCACAUUUGGUUCCUAAGAACUUACCCUUCUUGGAUGACUUUGCUUAUGUGUUAGAAGCACAUUCGAUCAACAAAAGGUUGAUGCCUUUGACUUGUGAUGCCACAAGACGUGCUUGGUUAGUCAAAACCAUGCAACGGCAUGACAUGAAUUGGACCAAGUUUCGAGAAGAGUUUUGUCGUGCGUUUUCUUCUCCGUACCAAAUGCGCACAUUAACCCAAAACAGCAAUGAGGCGUUACGAGAAUACACAAAUCGAUACUUGGAACUCGCUUGCUCAUCUGGAAUACCUGACAACGAAGAGUUAGGAUAUGGUUUCCUAUCUUCUUUGAAUAAGAAGUACUGCCAGCGUGUGUGGAACGUUGGUGCAAACCAUUUUGGCUUACAGUUUCCCAGCACAUUGGACGCCGUUAUACAAGCAGUCUUGACUCUUGCCGAGGGUGAACCUGCAACUGGUUCUGACUAGGACUCCGAAGAAAGUGAGGAUUAC